AUGGAGCGGUUCUCGAUAAACAUUUUACAUCAGCAAGUGCAAAAUAUUUGCCGUUUGUGUGGUGUAGAUAAUCCGGACAAAGUUCUAAUACUAGAUUUGCAAGAGACCAUUUACAUCACCGACGAAGAAGAACCUUCGUUGGCCAGAAAGAUAGAGGAGUGUGUCGGAAUUAAGGUGCAUAAACAAGAUCAAAUGCCUCAGCAGAUAUGUUCACUGUGUGUGGAUAAGGUGAACGAUUUCUAUGAGUAUCGUUUAAUGUGUGCUUCGACAAACCUUCAGACGCGUACCAUUCUUAACCUACCUAUUGUAUAUCCUUCAAUAUCGUUGAUGAAAUCCGAAGCCCCACCCGAGGAAGAUGUCAAGAAUUUCAUAGACGGCAAGAAAACGAGUGCAAAACGUGGUCCAAAAACGAGAAACAAAAAAAAUUCUCAAGGCUUAGGUGAGGCAUGCAGCAGCGACCAACCUGAUCUGAAGCCAACACUAGAGGCAUCGACUGAAAAGAGGAUGAAGUAUGAGUACUGUUGUCAGUACUGCAAGGAGACGUACAACCAAAAUUCCGACCUCGAGCGGCACCUCGUAGUGAAGCACACACCUCUGAUACACAAAUUUGGCUGUGCAUCGUGUAUGGAGUACUUUGACACGGCCUCUGAGUACAAAGAUCAUAAUUUGUGGCACAAGCUCACACGCAUGCCGUUUGGUUGUUUCCGAUGCAAGAAGAAAUUCGUGAAGAUCGGGACGUUGAACAAGCAUGUUUUAAUGAAUGCUUGCAUUCGAGUGUCUAGCGUGAAGAGUGCUGCAAUCAUUGCGCCUGAUUUGCGCUGUACUCUUUGUAAGAAAGUGUUCAAAACUCGAAACCUGUAUGAAUGGCACGCGUGCUUUAUACGGGCGCGGGCUAACUGCCCGAAGUGUGGGAAGUAUUUCUUGAAGAAAAACCUUCUCACGCGCCACUACAUGCUGUAUUGUACUGGGACACUCGCGCAGCUGGAGCCAAUACUGAUACCUAAAGACGAAUCUAGCGCGGUAGAAUCUGCCAAUGGUGUGCUGAACGCAUUAACUCGCGAAGGAGGAAAGCGAAGAGGGCGCCCUUCAGCUUCGGCACGAGAAAGUAUGAAAGUAGAAACGAUGGAACUACCGCUAUCACCGCUACACGAAUCGCCUGAUAUUAAACUGGAAACUACUACCGCCGAUGGAAGCCUGCCUUCGAGCGAGGAAACGUUCGAACACAUUGCGGAGGGCGAGCGCAAACGUGCGAAGGCUAGUUUAGAAGAAGAAACGGAUAAGAUAGCCGCACUGUUGCGCUCUGGAGCGUCGGUUGAUGGAAACUCGGAUAUCACUACCAUCAGCAAUAUGCUGUCCUCAGUGAAUGAGGCUAUCGCGUCCAUCUCGAAGGUGCGCAAAAAGAGGAAGAAAAAGGAUCGAACGGAUGAGGUUCCUGGGACCGCCAACCCACCGAUGGUUGUGUUGGCGAUGGCUAACAUUAAGCAAGAGGAGAGUGACGACCAAAGUAUGCUUGCAACAUUGGCGAACUGUGAAAGCGUACAGAAUGGAUUGAAUGCAGAUGCUGCAAUCCCCGAUGGUAACGACGAAAUUAGCGAUUAUGCCAACGACGAGGCUGAAGUCGGGGAAAGUUUUGCUGACAAUGACGAUGGUAACACUGACAAUGAAGAUAACGACGCAGCUGUCGGAUGCGCUUCAAAUAGGACACCUGACCUCUGCUCGAUUGGUAAUGCAGCGGAUAUGUUCCCGCCGGACUUGCCUGCUACAUCACAGGAGGCUGAGAUCGAAGAGGAGUUGCAACCGACACAACAUUGUGUAGUACAGAUGAAACAGGAACCGAUGACGUUCGAUGAGGAUGUACAGCGAAAUGAUGAAAGUUGUGAACCUAUGGCAGCAUGUGUCGUUGUUAAGCAAGAACCCCUGGAUGAGGCGGAACCUGAGGAACCCCUAUCUCAUCAUUCUGACAACAUGUGUCCUAGUUCGCCCGUGUCAAAAUAUCAGGCGCUGCGAAUAAAGAUCAAAAAAGAAAAGGGACUGCUGAACGCUUCAGUAAUUGAAGGUGCUACCAGUUUACUUCCUACGCCGCCAACGGAAAAUACUUUACGUGAACCAAUGAACUAUCCUGAAGAAAAAAUGGACACCGGGAUGCGCAUAAAACAAGAACAGCUUGAUAUGGAUGAAAAUACGCAUAGGGAAAUAGACGAGAUGGAGGCUUGUCCUGAUUAUUUGACAUCCUUCGAUAUUACGUCAGUACGAGUUAAAACUGAAUCGCAGGAUGAUUUAGCUGGACAUUGCACAGCGAUACAACCAGUAUUUGAUGAAGGCGAGCCGACAGGAGGUGUCGAUUUCAUUGCUUUUGAUGGAACGCGCAUCAAACAGGAACUUAGCGACGAGGAACGAAUCGGAAGGAAGACAAAAGCACCUGUUAAUGGGUUUCUUUGCAGUCAGAAUGCGUUGCGUAAAUCAUUCAAUCCACUAAGUUUGUCGAUUGGAAGAAUAAUCGGAUCGAAGUCUAGCCAGCGACCGGGUGGCACCUCGAGUCUCAAGUCAAACGUAAUGAUUAAUCCAUUUGCUCUGAUGAAACAAAAGAAUAGCCAUCAGGCAUUUAAUACGUCGGAGGAUUCCUCAUGCAACGAGACAUCCUCGCUUAGUACGCAAUCGGAACGGUUAAGUUUGCCGGUGAUAUCGCAGGUAAAAUCGAUCAAUCCCGAUGAACAUUUAUCGGUGCCUAGUGCCGGUACCGAUUCUGCGGUGUUAUCGGAAAACGAACCCACUAAUGAUGAACCCAGUGCAAGCAGGUCGGAAGAAUCGGAACAAUUACAACCUUCAACGUUAGCAGAUUCAGUUACAGAAGAGCAAACGGCGUGCAAUAUUUUUCCACCGAAAAGCGUUAGCGAGCUCACGAUAGCGUCUGUUACAACGAUUCAUGAAUCAGUUCAGAAUGAUGCAAAUGAACGGGAAGACAACUCAAAAGAGCCCGAUUGUCAGAAAACAGCGAAUGAGCCAACGAAAUCGGAUGACGGUAUCUUGCAGGUUGAUGAGCGGAAUAGUCCUGAAGUAUUUGGAAAAGAGCUGGAUUCGUCGAGCCAUAAUUUAUCUGUUGAUGAACAGAAGGAUCAGGAGUUGAAGAUGCAAGGCGGGAAUGCAAACGACAGUUUUGCAAUUACUGAACCACAUGUUUUAUCUGUUGAUGAACAGAAGAAUCAGGAGUUGGAGAUGCAAGGCGGGAAUGCAAAGGACAGUUUUGCAAUUACUGAACCACAUGUUUUAUCUGUUGAUGAACAGAAGAAUCAGGAGUUGGAGAUGCAAGGCGGGAAUGCAAAGGACAGUUUCGCAAUUACUGAACCACACGUUGAGUCUCAAGACAGCAGGUGUGAUGUGACCGAAAAUGUGGUCGAACAAGAAACAAACUUUGAUAAACAACAAACGCCAGUAAUGGAAAAGGAAGAGGAAACUAGUUCUAAUACCAGUACACAGAACGAGAAAGAUAAUCAGGGGGAAGUCUUUUCCAAAAGUGAUAUUCGUUCGGAGGAUCCUUGCUUGAAGCCAUAG